UUCCACUCGUGGUGAUGUCUAGCGCUCACCCAUUCUAAGAGACAAAGGUCAGAAAGAAAAGAUUAUAAAUUAAAUUUACUGCUGUAAUUCCCUUAUUCAACACCGAGACACCGCACAAUAGGGACAACUUGCUUGCUACGGAAUAAAAGGAAACCAAAUAAGCAUGGCACAAAAAGAGAAGCUCCAAUGUCUGAAGGACUUCCACAAGGACACUUUGAAGCCCUCACCUGGAAAGAGCCCCGGCACACGGCCGGAGGACGAGGCAGAGGGGAAGCACCCUCAGCGGGAGAAGUGGGCUAGCAAGCUUGACUUUCUUCUGUCGGUUGCCGGGGGCUUUGUCGGUUUAGGCAACGUCUGGCGCUUCCCCUACCUCUGCUACAAGAAUGGCGGAGGUGCAUUUCUCAUCCCGUAUACCAUCUUCCUGUUCGGAGGAGGCCUACCCGUCUUCUUUCUGGAGGUAGCUCUGGGCCAGUACACCUCCGAGGGUGGCAUCACCUGCUGGGAAAAACUCUGCCCAAUCUUCACUGGUAUUGGUUAUGCCUCAAUCGUGAUCGUCUCCCUGCUCAACAUCUACUACAUUGUGAUCCUGGCCUGGGGGCUCUACUACCUGUUCCAGUGUUUCCAGCCCGAGCUUCCUUGGGCCAAGUGCAACCAGCCAUGGAACACCGAGAACUGCGUCGAGGACACUAUGCGCAAGAACAAGACACUGUGGUUGAGUGCCAACGCCACCAACUUCACUUCCCCCGUCAUCGAGUUCUGGGAGCGUAAUGUCCUGAACAUCUCCUCGGGUAUUGAUGACAUCGGACCUGUUAAAUGGGACCUGGCCUUGUGUCUUCUGGCCGUCUGGAUCAUCUGUUUCUUUUGCAUCUGGAAGGGUGUGAAGUCUACUGGAAAGGUGGUCUACAUCACCGCCACCUUCCCAUUUUUCAUGCUUAUUGUGCUCCUGGUCCGUGGCGUCACUCUACCCGGAGCGUCCAAAGGCAUCACGUUCUAUCUGUACCCCAACUUGACCCGUCUGGAGGACCCAGAGGUUUGGAUUGAUGCGGGCACACAGAUUUUCUUCUCCUACGCUAUUUGCCUGGGGGCAAUGACAUCACUAGGAAGCUACAACAAGUACAAAUACAACUGCUACAGGGACUGUUUGCUGCUGGGAGGCCUGAACAGCGGAACCAGCUUUGUGUCUGGCUUCGCAAUAUUUUCCGUCCUGGGCUUCAUGGCACAAGAGCAAGGGGUGGACAUUGCCGAUGUGGCAGAGUCAGGUCCUGGCUUGGCUUUCAUCGCCUAUCCAAAGGCUGUGUCCAUGAUGCCCCUGCCCACCUUCUGGGCUGUUCUAUUCUUUAUCAUGCUUCUGCUUUUGGGGCUCGACAGUCAGUUUGUCGAAGUGGAAGGACAGAUCACUUCUCUUGUUGAUCUCUAUCCAUCCUUCCUAAGGAAGGGUUACCGGCGGGAAAUCUUCAUAGCUAUAGUGUGUUUCCUGAGCUAUCUUCUGGGACUAACCAUGGUUACCAAAGGUGGCAUGUAUGUGUUCCAACUGUUUGACUACUAUGCAGCCAGUGGUGUGUGCCUUUUGUGGGUUGCAUUCUUUGAAUGUAUUGCUGUAGCCUGGGUUUAUGGCGCUGAUAAUUUCUAUGAUGCGAUUGAGGACAUGAUUGGCUAUCGACCAAAUCCCUGGAUGAAGUGGAGCUGGACUGUGAUCACCCCCCUUCUCUGUGCGGGCUGUUUUAUCUUCUCCUUGGUCAAGUACAAGCCUUUGACAUACAACAAGAUCUACGAGUACCCAGACUGGUCCAUCGGUGUUGGCUGGACGUUGGCUCUCACUUCCAUGAUCUGCAUCCCCAUGGUGGUCGUGAUCAAGAUCAUUCAGUCAGAAGGGCCCCUGAUUGAGCGGAUAAAGGCAGUGGCUGCCCCAUCUAGAGCCGCAAGUUCCUGUCCAGAGAAAUACCGCACCAAGGUCCCUGAGCUAACCAACCCUCUGGACCCCAAUGGGAACAACGGCUUAGUGAUGCCAACCCAUACCAUUGUAGAAACCAUGAUGUGAGCGCUCUCUGUGAGAGGAUUUAAAAAAAAAAAAAAAAUAUGACCCACUUUCCAUGUUAUAUAUAUAUAUAAAUAUAAAUAUAUAUAACAGUAUAUAUAUUUGCUAACUCUGAAAUAGUCGUAGGACCAGGUUUACAUUGCUACGUAUCUGCACUAGGAGUUUCUUUUUUUCUAUGGAGGAAGUUAUAUGUAGUUUUUUCUGUCCAUGUUUUUAAUAUUUUUAUCAUAAUGUUAUUAUUAUAUUUGUAUGAUAAUAAUAAUCAUUGCUAUUAGUUUUGUGACUGUCGCCAGCUAAAGGCAUGGCCUCAGUCACAAACAGUACUUUGGACAUAGAGUGGUAAAUGUUUCUGUUUUUUUUUUUCUUUCUGUACAUAAUGGGUUAUAUGUAGUCUGGUUUUCUUUGAGGGUGGACAGAUUAAUAAGUAAACAUACUAAAGGACCGUAUAUAAAUAUAUUUUGGGUAUUAGGAUUCAACUAAGUAUAUGUUGUGUUUAAGAGUAACGCUGGUGUAGCUGUAAAAACAGACUAUUAUCUCCCUCCACACAGGUUACAGUUACAGUACAGUGUAUAUCUUUUAUGUUGUGGAGUUGUCCUUGUACGGUAAGGUUAGAUUUACGUCUCGCUAUCCAUGAUGUUUGUCGCACCCGAAGGCUGGUGUUAACCUCAUCCAGCUUGCGGCCGGGCAACACUAUCAGAGUCUGCCCCAUCGUCCUGUACGCAUAGUGUGUAUACUAAUCUCACAAUGAUGAAGGACGGUAGCCAAGCAAGGACACUAUACUGCUAAACACCCACACUGCGCACGUGUGCUUUGCCACCCACACACACACCAAAGUCCUAGACUCUCUUCUCUUCUUUCCUCAGAGUGUUUACACCUUGCGCACGGUGCACACAAGAUCAGGCAGUUACAUCACACUAACUCUUAAUAGCAGCAUAUCUCUCAGCUCUGCCCUGUUACUCCCGUACUGUACUGUACUGUACUGUAGGGAGACAGAUCCAUCAUUCAGACAGAGCAGCUUCACUGCCCAACAUCUGAACAUGUCAAUGAGAGCCUUAAUCAAAUGCACUUGUCCAUCAUUAAAACACACACACACACACACACACACACACACACACACACACACACACACACACACACACCACCCAGACCCAGACCCAUUGUUACAUGUCUAGUCACACUCCCUAAGACCACCAUAUCUCAGCUCAUGUCUGCUUCAGGCCAUUCUUAUGAACAUAGUACAUCAUAUCAGCACGUUCUCUCUCUUUUGUUUUUAAGUACAAAACGAUCAUUAAUACACGUAAACAGUUGUUAAAAACAGCACAUGACGACACAGAACACAUUCUUACCUGAGAAUGUUGUCGUGUGGGGCUCGCAGUGUCUGUCAAAGUAGCAGUCUUCAUUAUUACAUUGGGAGGUAGUCUUUUUUAUUUUACGGUAUUAAAUUCAGAUAUAUUUUAUGUUUAUUCUAUUUUGUUUAAAAUCACAUUUGCCUUUUGUAUUGAAGAUGUAAAAUGUGUUUGACCACUCUGUUAACAAUUACCAAUAUUUCUCAGAGGGAGGGGUUUCACAUACAAUAAUUAACCAACAAAAAAGCUUGCUGCAAUUUCUAAUGUGCAAUAUUUUGUAGGGAAAUAAGCAUAUUUUUUUGUUUUUCUCAAAAGGUGGUACUUUAUCAGAAUAUACUGAGCAGAACUUGGAAGAAAUUAAUAGGGGCCAAUUUAAGCUACCAUAAAAUGCUUUGCCACAGUAACACCGAAAACUGUAUCUGACCAAGAUAGCUUUUCUUUGUGCAGUGUUAUCUGUUGUCAGUCUAUCUGCAAAUGUGCUCAUUUUUCUUAAACCUGAUAUGAAAACUUUUGAAACCAACAAAAAAUCAUGUUCUCAACCGAUUGAAUUCUUUUGGGGUAGACUGAAUUGGCCUCACACAUAAAAGGACAAUAGCCCUCAAAGGCAGCUCACUUCAGAGUCAAUCGGACCCUAAGUUCAGACUGGAGUCUGUUGCCCACUGGUAAAGACAUCAGCUCAAAAGGCAGCAUGUCUCUCAGCUGCUGGCUACUUACAGGAAAACAGCUUGUGUGGAGGCACCCACCCAUGGGGUGCUUUUGCCUUCCGUGGAGUUUGUUUGUUUGAGAUGAAGACUUGAAAUGAUCCAGUUAGAGGCUGACGGCAUGGAGGAGAGCCCACAAGGUCCACUGGGGCACUCACCCCCUGUCCAGCGCCCCCCCCCCUGCCCCCCCCCCCAACCCCCCGACCCUUCCCCCAUACCCCCGAGGCCUCUCCCCUUCAGGGAUCUUACCUACCUGUCUUUUUUUUGUAAGGAAAAAAAAAAGUAUGGUGUAUGGUAAAUGUUUUUGAAGUCUAUGAAGCGAGAUUUUAAUCAAAAAUUUGGAAAAAAAAAUAAACAAAAUGUUUCGUUUUUAUUUUUUAAAUGAAUCUGUGAGAAAAAAAAUGAAAUGUAUUAGACCAGGUUUUACAGUACCUAAAACCUUUUUUUUAUUUCAUAAUAAACAUUAUUCUUUGAAAAAGCCUUUUGCUUUAUGUCAAUGAUACGAACAUUGCUAGCUAUCCCAAGCCAAAGGAAGGCAGCAGUAUAGUACCGCACCACACUAAAGAGGUGCUUUUGCUUACUGUUGUUGUGCUACCUGUGGAAAUUUACCAGCCUGCUCCUAGUCCUAAAGCUCCAUGCGCCUCCCUACCACUCUUGUCUGUCCCAGACAACUCCAGGCGGCUCCAACGUAAUACCUGUGAUGAAUCAAUCAACCCAGGCUGUCCCCUACUGCUGUCCCCACAGCAAUGUCAGGCUAUUUAAACUCACCCAUUACGUGCUUCACAUGCCAAGCUAGGACACCAGAUGAAGCUUUGGGGGAAGGUACGAAGAAAAAAAAAAGGGAAAAAAUCAGGAUUGAGCAAAACAUGGUGUUGUAUAGUGAGACAAGACAUAAAUCAGAUGCAGUGCGCUUCGUUUGUCCUGGAGACAGAAAAAAAGAUAUAAAUCUAGAUAGCAGCUGCCAUAAAUCUACACAAAGAGAAGGGCAGGCAUUACGUCAAGGACUGGUGGCUUGGCAGACCUUGGGUGACAGAACCAAGAGGAGGUUGUCCUUGGGCACUGAGGCACUCGGUUGGAUGUUUGUGGUGAAAUUAAAAUGGGGCUUCCAGAGCCUGUGAAAUGGCAGUCAUCAAUCUACCCAAUCACCCCCUCUGUCCACAGGCAUAGGGAAAUCACAGACACUUAGUCAAACAUACAGGAUCUGGCCCUUUGGCUUGACCGUGUGCCAAGCCUUUAAAUCAAGCUACUUUAAAAAACAUUUUUUUAGAGUGAAUACAGAAUACAGUGCAACACUUCUGCCACGACUGAAGCAAUCACAAUUACAAAAGGUGUCUUGAGAAAUAGACCAAUAACGUUAUAAAGUUAUUAACCAAUAAACCGGCCAGUCAAUAGAUGACUAGCACAAUUCAGUAGAAUAGUUCUUACUGUUUACUGCAUCGUCAUUAAACAAAUAAUUGAAUAGUGUAAUCAGCAACAGCUUGGCAGUACUGGCAUUGCUGUGGGGACAACAUUCCAGAUGGAGAGAAAGACAACAAUGCCCCGUGCAGAACUUCAAUGCAAACAUCACAUCUCCACAAUUACCCUUCACUCUUAACAAGCUUCAACUGUAUACAGACAAAACCAUGUUCGCCACCUUCCUGUAGUGAUGGGUGUCCUGUUUUUGGCCAUGUGUGCUGUGUCUGGGCAGGGAUAAUACAGUAUGUUUCCACUCUUAGUUUUCCAUACUACCUUCAGACUGGGUUAGUUCUCUUUCCUCUUCUGAAGAUGUUACUUUCCUCAAUGCUUUGUGCAGUAAAUUGUUAGUACAAUUUCUAAUGAAAACAAAGCCGUUUUAGUAAGUGCUCUUUGCUAUAUUGCAAUUAAGACAUUUGUUAUUUGACAACUUUGUUCUGGGAAAAAAAAAAACAUAAUAAAAAUUUCAAAAUGA